AUGCGGCCAAUUGAGCGUUUUGGGGCCGCAACUUGCGUUCUUCUGACGAUGUUAUGGAUCAUCAGCGAGGUGAGAACAAUCCAGAUUCGGUGGCAGGACUAUCUAUCCAGUCGUGGGCCGAGUCAAGCGCGUGCUAAAGGGACUGUCACACGAUGGCAUGCCUCCUCCACUGGUCAUAGACGUCCUUCAAUAUCUGAUCUUGCGCCGUCGCGCGGAGACGGAAUUGGCUCGUUGCAAAUUAAAAUCGACGAGGUGGCGAGCGCGGAUAUCAUGGAAAUGGAUCGGAUCAUUGUGGUUGGAAAAAUGAAACACGAGCAGACGGGCUGGAUUGCAAAUGAACUGCCUGAAUGGCGCCGGGCAAUCUACACAGUCGACGACCCCACAGCACCGCUGCGAGUAACCAAGAACAAAGGCAAAGAAGCCAAUGUAUACUUACGCUACAUCAUCGACCACUACCACAACCUCCCAUCCACAAUCGUAUUCCUCCACAGCCACCGCGACGGCUGGCCCGAAGCAUGGCACACGGAGUUUGAAGAACACAGCAACGUGAACACCAUCCAGCUGCUACAGACAGAAUUCGUCCAACAGAACGGCUACGCCAACUUACGCUGUAACCUCAGUCCUGGCUGUCCGGAUGAAAUCCGCCCAUUUCGCGAGCCCAGGGACGAGUCGCGGUUAUCGGAGAUUGCGUUCGCCGAUGCGUGGCAGGGACUCUUCAAUAGCACCGAUGUUCCGGAGAUCGUCGCGUCGCCGUGCUGUGCGCAGUUCGCGGUGUCGAGAGACCAGGUGUUGAAGCGUCCGCUUGGCAGCUAUGUGCGCUAUCAUCGGUGGCUCAUGGAUACGAAUCUACCGGAUGAUAUCAGUGGGAGGGUGAUGGAGUAUAUGUGGCAUAUCAUCUUUGGGCAGGAUCCAGUUUAG